AUGCAACAACAAACAACAGCAACUUAUGGUAACAAUAAUGAACAACCAAGACAAUUGAAUAUAUCAAAUGAAGCUUUAACUUAUGCAGUAGAAAAUAAUCUUUCAACAUUAAAAAUUGAAUGUAUUCCACUACUCGAAAAUUGUGAACAUGCUAAAAAAUUUCCUGAACCAAUAAAACGACUUUCACCUCAUAAUACAGUUGUAAUUAAAUUUGUACCCAACGAAAUACAUAAAGAUGAAAUUACGGAUGAACUGAAAAAUUUAUAUUCAUCGAUAUGUACAGUUGAAGAUAUGAUAGAUCUUCUUACUCGACUAAAACAUGAUCGAAAUAAAUUACCACCAAACAUUAAAUUGUUUAUUCCAGUUGAUUGUCGUACAAAUGUUGAUCGUGAUCGUUUUCUAAUUUCUCGAAAUGUAUCUGAAGUACGAAACUCGGUUCCGUCGAAUUCAGCAGUUAUUAAUCCAUGA